AUGACUGCCUUACCAGAACAGAAAACCCCUAGAAUCUCCUUAUGGCAAAGGCACAGAGCCUUCCUUAGCGGAAUAGUUACUCUUAUUAUCAUCGGUACCUUUUUCCUCACCUCAGGCCUCCACCCACUACGCCAUGGAGCAAAUUCCCCACACGGCGGUAAAGGAGGCUACCAGCGCUCGUCCAAAUGUGGGAAGAUUGAAGCCUUGAGCCCAUCUUUUAAUCAUUCCAUUGACACAAUUCUUCAUGACUCUACGUUUAGAAACAACUCCAUUGAAAAAUUGUCCAACGCUGUUAGAAUCCCCACUGUUGUCCAAGACAAAAACCCCAACCCUGCAGAUGACCCUGAUUUCUAUAAGCAUUUUUAUGAAUUACACGAAUAUUUUGAGAAGACUUUCCCCAACAUUCACAAACACUUGACAUUGGAAAAGAUCAAUGAAUUGGGUCUUCUAUAUACAUGGGAAGGCUCUAGUCCUGAAUUGAAGCCGAUUUUGUUGAUGGCCCAUCAAGAUGUCGUUCCAGUCAACAACGAAACACUCUCAUCCUGGAAUUUCCCCCCAUUUUCUGGCCAUUAUGAUCCAGAGACGGAUUUCGUGUGGGGCCGUGGUUCUAACGACUGUAAGAACCUGUUGAUUGCCGAGUUUGAAGCUGUUGAACAAUUGUUGAUCGAUGGAUUCAAGCCAAACAGAACCGUUAUAAUGUCGCUCGGUUUUGACGAAGAAGCAAGCGGUACUCUCGGGGCUGCCAGCUUAGCCUCAUUCCUUCAUGAAAGAUACGGUGAUGAUGGUAUCUACAGUAUCAUUGAUGAAGGUGAGGGUAUCAUGGAAGUCGAUAAGGAUGUCUUUGUUGCCACCCCAAUCAACGCUGAAAAAGGCUACGUUGACUUCGAAGUUAGUAUUCUAGGCCAUGGUGGUCAUUCCUCUGUACCUCCUGAUCAUACUACAAUCGGUAUCGCUUCUGAAUUGAUCACCGAAUUUGAGGCCAACCCAUUUGACUACGAAUUUGAGUUUGACAAUCCAAUCUAUGGCCUGUUAACAUGUGCCGCAGAACAUUCUAAAUCUUUAAGUAAGGACGUGAAGAAGACUAUCUUAGGUGCACCAUUCUGUCCAAGAAGAAAGGAAAAGCUCGUUGAUUAUAUUUCGGAACAAGCCCAUUUGCGCAGUUUGAUUAGAACCACGCAAGCCGUGGACAUCAUCAACGGUGGUGUCAAGGCUAAUGCCCUACCUGAAACAACGAGAUUUUUGAUCAACCACAGGGUCAAUUUACACUCUUCUGUGGCUGAGGUUUUCGAAAGAAACUUAGAAUACGCCAAGAAGGUUGCCGAGAAAUAUGGUUAUGGGUUGUCUAAGAACGGCGAUGAUUUCAUUAUCCCUGAAACCGACUUAGGUCACAUUGACAUAACACUCCUGAGAGAAUUGGAACCAGCACCAUUAUCACCAAGUUCAGGCCCUGUUUGGGACGUUUUGGCAGGUACCAUUCAAGAUGUUUUUGAAAACGGUGUCUUGCAAAACAACGAAGAAUUCUACGUGACCACUGGCUUAUUCUCCGGUAAUACAGACACCAAAUACUACUGGAAUUUGUCCAAGAACAUUUAUAGGUUUGUUGGUGCUAUCAUCGAUAUUGAUUUACUCAAGACUUUACAUUCCGUUAAUGAACACGUGGACGUUCCAGGUCAUUUAUCUGCUAUUGCCUUUGUCUACGAGUAUAUUGUUAAUGUUAAUGAGUAUGCUUAG